CUUUUACUCUUUUACUCUUUUACUCUUUUACUCUUCCUCCGUCAAAAACUAUCACCAUUAUUUCACCAUCACCGAGUAAAACAUCUCUCGAUCUUCACUCGAAACAUUCAGACAAAGCAGAACCCACCCAUUGCACGCCGUUGCAUGCUCCCACCAGCGCACCCGGGACUGCACACUCACCACCAACCCGCCAAUCCGCUCUCGAGCACCCUUAACCACGCCUGAACAGACGGGCAACAAUCAUCACCACACCAGACGCCAUGUCGUCCCAAUCAUCACAAGACGCCAUGUCCCGCAGCGCCUCCCAGGCCAACUGUCUCGACCCGCUCGACUCCCUCCUCGAUCUCUCCUCCUACGAGACCAUGACCUACGGCUCGCCCUCUAUCUCCCCCGCACAGUCCAGCAAGUCCGUCUCCUUCCGCCCAACCGCAUCAACACCCACCGCAAACACUCUCCUCCCGCCGCGUCAACAGUCGCACGCCCCUCCUAGCCACCCCUACGACGCCCACAAGCAGCAGACUGGCAUCCCAACAGGCGGCCUCGCGACGACCCUCGCCAUCAACAACAACUCGCAGAUGUACGCCGGCUACGGCUACCUCUCUGGCGUCGACAACUCCGACGACUUCAGCGACAUGGGCUUCAAAGCCGGCAGCGCCUCGGGAUCCGGCAGCUUCGACAACCUGGGCAUGGGCAUCGACUACGACUCCCCCACCGUGGACCCGGCGUUCUUCUUCCCCCCCCCCCCCCACGCCGCCGACUACGCCAGCCAGACGCAGACGCCGGUUCCCGCACCCGCCGUCAAGGUGGAGGCGGGCAACGUCGGGCGGCUCUGGCCGGGCAUGCAUCAGCAGCAGGCGGCGAAGGCGGAGCAGCAGCGCAAGCAGCAGCAGAUGCUGAUCGCGCAGCAGCAGAGGCAUAGCGCGGUGCCGACGCAGGCGGCGAGGGCGAGGGCCAGGCCGGCCACGGAUCCGAUUGUUGAGGAGAAGAUCUCGCAGCUGCUUAACUCGAUGAGGCAGAAUAGCGAGGCGACGUCGAAUGGGGAUGAGGAUGUUGCCGAGGGGUAUGGGGGACAUGGACGCUCGAGGAAGGAUGAGGAGGAUAUGGAUGAGGAUGAGAAAUUGUUGGCGAGUGAGGAGGGGAAGAAGUUGAGUAGCAAGGAGAGGAGACAGUUGAGGAAUAAGGUUUCUGCGCGCGCUUUCCGCUCGAGGAGGAAGGAAUACAUUGGCCAACUCGAAGGCGAGAUCGCCACCCGCGUCAACGAGAACCAGGGCCUGCGCAACCAGAACCGCGAGCUCCUCUCGGAAAACAAGCGUCUCGCAGACCUCACCCGCAUGCUCCUCUCCUCGCCCUCCUUCUCCGGCUUCCUCGACACGCUGAGCACGAACCCCAACCCCGUUGAGCGUCAACAGCAGGCCACUCCUCCUGAGCAGCAACAACAGACGCAAGCGCCAAAGGACCCGAACCCGUACGCGCAGCAGCAGCAGCAGAACCUGGAUAUGAACAUCAACUACGCCAUGAUCCCUGAUGCGGCGCCGUUGGAUUUCAGCCUGCUGGAUCUGAAUACGCAUGAUUUCAUCUAUCAGCCGCAGGUCUUCAGCGUGCACAGUGUGGAGGAGGUGAGGUUCGAUGCUAGUGUCCUCUCCGGCAAGCUUUCGAGUACGUUUGAGGCUGAGGAGGAUAAGCUUGAGCUCCCGCUCCCGUUGUUUUCGGCCCCGGAACCGGUCGCGAAGUCGAUGGUGGAGGCUGUUGUGGAGGAGGUGGAUGAGGAGUUUGAUUCUGAUCCGAUGUUCUCCUUAUUCUCCCCUUCGUCAUCGUCGGCUGCAUCCGCACCGCUACCUCUUGAUACUGCGGCGUUGAUCGCGGCUAUCCAGCCUGCGAAGGCGAUGUUGAACUUUGAGCUUGUGGACCAGGAGGAGAGCGAGAGGAGGUUUUUGAGGGUGCAGAGGUUGGGGGCGGGGAUUGAGGCUGUUGUGGCGAGGUUAGAGGGGUUAGGUCUUGAGUAAAGAGAUCGUGUGAUGGGGAUGUGUGGUGGAAUUGGUUUUGCGGUUUUAGCGGUCAUGGGAUGGGAUGUUUUUUGGUAGGAUAGGGAUUGGGGGUUAUGGAAAUGGAAUACUUGUAGUUACACUGUCGUUUGUUGGAGGUGUCUUCAUUCACUAUUGUGUGUUCUCUUCUUGAGUUCUAGGGAGGUGAAAGCGGGAUUAUAGAGAUUCAAAAGACGAAAUGAAAUCAAAUGAACUGAA